AUGAAGAUAGCCAUGCGCAAGAAGUUCAUUCCAACUUGGUACUACCGUGAGCUCUAUCAACAACUCCAAGAUUUGGUGCAAGGGAGGCUGUCUGUAGCUAAAUAUGACCAUGAAAAUGAGAAGUUGAUGACAAAGCUGGGUUUGGAGGAGGAUCCACAAAGCACCAUUGCCCGUUUCAUCAAGGGGCUAAAUUGGGACAUCCGUGAGGAGAUGGAAAUGCAUGAUUUUGUGGACUAUGAAGAGAUGGUUCAAAAGGCUGUCCAAAUUGAGAAAAAGCUCAUGAAGAGGAAAAAGAGGGUCCAAUCCAACAUUUCAAAUUGGAAAGCUAGCAAGGGACAAAAGGAAUGGAAAAAUGACUCCAAAGGAGAAGCUAGCAAACCGAAAGAAGCUGUUGAUAAAUGUAAAGGUAAAGUUGAAUUUUCUUCAACUAAACCAAGUGGUGUUCGUUGUUUUAGGUGCCAAGGAAGAGGACACAUUGCUAAAGACUGUCCUAAUAAGAAAACAAUGAUAAUUAAUGAUUUUGGUGAUAUUCAAACUGAAUCUGACCAAGAUCAAGAGAUGAGCAAUGAGGAUUCACAAGGGGAAAGUGCUGAAAUUCAAGAAGCUGUAGAAGGGGAGUUCUUGAUGGUGAGGAGAAUGUUGAAUGCUCAAGCCAAAGAAGAUGAGGUGAUCAUUGAUGGUCGAAGUUGUGCUAAUGUUGCUAGCACUGAAUUGACAAAUAAGCUUGGCUUGCAAACUAUAUCACACCCUACCCCAUAUUCUUUGCAAUGGUUAAACAAAACUGGGGAGAUUAAAGUGGACAAGCAAGUGAUGGUGCCCAUGUCUAUUGGAAAAUAUGAAGAUAGCAUUUUGUGUGAUGUGGUGCCUAUGCAAGCUGCUCAUGUGUUGUUGGGGCGUCCUUGGCAGUUUGACAAGAAGACAACUCACGAAGGAUACACCAACAGAUAUUCUUUCUUUCAUAAUGGUAGAAAAAUUGUACUUGUACCUUUAUCUCCAAAACAGAUUUUUGAGGAUGAAAAGAAAGAGAGAGAAAAAGAAAAAAAGAAUGGAAAAGAAAGAAUGACUGAAAUAGAAAAAUUGAGUGAAAAAGAAUUGAGUGGAAAACAAGAAGAGAUAAAAGAAAUGAGUGCACAAAAAAGAGAGGAGCAAAAGAAGAAACAAAAUUUCUUUUGUACUGGAAAAACCGUGGAAAAAGUUUUGAGAGAGGGGAAACCUAUUUACUUGAUACUUUUUAAAGAGGCUAACCUUGAAAAUACUAGCCUUGAACAUAUGCCCAAGGAAAUAUCUUCUCUUUUGCAGGAAUUUGGUGAUGUUUUUCCAAAGGAACUUCCUAAGGGAUUGCCCCCUUUGAGAGGAAUCGAGCACCAUAUUGAUUUGGUACCCGGGGCACCAAUUCCAAACCGUCCAGCCUAUAGAUGUAGUCCUGAGGAGACUAAGGAGAUUCAAAGGCAAGUGGAGGAACUUUUAGCUAAGGGGCAAAUUCAAGAAAGCCUUAGUCCAUGUGCAGUGCCCGUGCUACUAGUGCCAAAGAAGGAUGGAACAUGGAGGAUGUGUGUUGAUAGUCGAGCAAUCAACAAGAUUACGGUGAAAUAUAGAUUUCCCAUCCCCCGUUUAGAUGAUAUGCUUGAUGAACUUUGUGGUACUUGCGUGUUUUCUAAAGUGGACUUAAAAUCUGGUUAUCACCAAAUUAGAAUCCGUGAUGGUGAUGAAUGGAAGACAGCAUUCAAGACCAAACAAGGUCUAUAUGAAUGGCUUGUCAUGCCAUUUGGACUCACAAAUGGUCCUAGCACUUUCAUGAGGCUCAUGAAUCAUGUGCUACGGGAGUAUAUUGGUGAGUUUGUGGUGGUUUACUUUGAUGAUAUUCUUAUUUACAGCCAUGAUUUGAAUGAACAUGUCACACACUUGCACAAAAUAUUCACCAUUUUAAGGAAGCAUAAACUAUAUGCCAACCUUGAAAAGUGUGAAUUUUGUACAUCUUCAAUUCACUUUCUUGGCUAUAUUGUGAGUGCAAAUGGAAUUGAGGUUGAUGGAGCUAAAGUUAAGGCUAUCCUUGAAUGGCUAACACCGAGGACAGUUAGUGAGGUAUGA